GCUGAGGGGCACUCACCUGGGCGCCGAGUCCCCGCGGCUCCGAGCUGGAAGGGAGCGGGCCGGGCGGGCCGAGGGGCGCCGCGGCGUAAGGGCGACGCCUCCUGAGCCGCUGGGCGCGGGGCCCGGUCGGCGAGGUCGCGACCGCGGGGCCCGGCCCGAGCCCGCUCCGGCCCGGCCGUCCUCACCCCCUCGCCUGCCGACUCCUGGGGGCGGGGCCCACGCGGCGUCCGGCCUGCGCAGGUCACGUGGGACACGCCGGCCAAUCGGCGCGCGGCUCGGGGUCGACCCGGGCUCGCAGGGCGGUGGCGGAGCAGUUAGCUGCAACGGAGCUAGAGCGCCGGCGGGACGGAGGACUGGCCAUGGAGCGCGAGGUGCAGCGGGUUCGCGCGGCGUUCGGGUCCGGCCGCUCGCGCCCCCUGACGUUCCGGCGGCGGCAGCUCGAGGCCCUGCGCGCGAUGGUGCAGGAGCGCGAGAGGGACAUCCUGGCGGCCAUCGCCGCCGACCUGAGCAAGAGUGAAUUCAACGCAUACAGUCAAGAAGUCAUCACCGUGCUUGGGGAAAUUGAUCUCGUGCUGGAGAAGCUUCCUGAAUGGGCCGCUGCUAAACCAGCUCAGAAGAACCUGGUCACCAUGCUGGACGAGGCCUACGUCCAGCCAGAGCCCCUGGGAGUCGUGCUGAUUAUCGGAGCUUGGAACUACCCCUUUGUCCUCACCAUCCAGCCUCUGAUAGGAGCCAUCGCUGCAGGAAAUGCUGUGAUUAUCAAGCCUUCUGAAGUAAGUGAAAAUACAGCCAAGGCCUUGGCUACGCUCCUCCCUCAGUACUUAGACCAGGACCUGUACGCGGUUGUUAACGGUGGCGUCGAGGAAACCACGGAGCUUCUGAAGCAGCGAUUUGACCACAUUCUCUAUACGGGAAACACCACUGUUGGAAAAAUUGUCAUGGAAGCCGCCGCCAAGCAUCUGACCCCGGUGACCCUUGAACUGGGAGGGAAGAGUCCGUGUUACGUUGACAAAGACUGUGACUUGGACGUUGCCUGCAGACGCAUCGCCUGGGGCAAGUACAUGAACUGCGGCCAGACCUGCAUCGCCCCCGACUACGUGCUCUGCGAGCCGUCCCUCCAGGACCUGAUCGUACGGAAGGUGAAGGAGGCCGUGAAGGAAUUUUAUGGAGAAAAUGUAAAAGAAUCCCCCGACUAUGAAAGGAUCAUCAAUCUUCGUCAUUUUAAGAGGAUACGAAGUUUGCUUGAAGGACAAAAGAUAGCUUUUGGCGGGGAGACCGAUGAGGCCACACGCUACAUAGCCCCAACGAUACUCACUGAUGUGGAUCCUGAAACCAAGGUGAUGCAAGAGGAAAUUUUUGGACCAAUUCUUCCAAUAGUGCCUGUGAAGAAUGCAGAAGAAGCCAUACAAUUCAUAAAUGAACGCGAAAAGCCCCUGGCUUUCUACGUGUUUUCUCAUAACACUAAGCUCAUCAAGCGAAUGAUCGACAGGACGUCCAGUGGGGGCGUCACGGGCAACGACGUCAUCAUGCACUUCAUGCUCAGCUCCCUGCCCUUCGGAGGCGUGGGGUCCAGUGGGAUGGGAGCGUAUCACGGAAAACACAGUUUCGAUACUUUUUCGCAUCAGCGUCCCUGUUUAUUAAAAAGCCUGAAGCGAGAAGGCGCAAACAAACUCCGGUAUCCUCCCAAUAGCCAGUCGAAGGUGGACUGGGCCAAACUGUUCUUCCUGAAACGGCUCAACAGAGGGAAACUCGGGCUUCUGCUGCUUGCCCUCCUGGGCGUCGUGGUGGCGGCGCUCAUGAAGGCUGGAUGCUACUGAAGAGUGAUCCGUAACGCCUCGUCAUCCUCUCUACUGAAUUUUUCUUCUACCAAAUAAUUAAUGAGCCAGUAAUUUUUAAAUCCUGCCAAAAAUUGUAAGAUAAUAUGCAAAUGCACCAUCGCCAAACCUAAAAGUCAUUGCCACUCACCAUUAAUAAAACUCACCGUUUCAGCCAAAGCCCAGCACUCGCCCGCCCAAUAGUGAGACACUCAGAGAACCCCCAUCCCUAGAGCUCUGGGCUGGGGGAGGGGAGAGCGUGCUGGGUGAACCUGAGUUCGCAGAACCUGCUCAUCGACUCUGCUGCUCAUGGGACAUGGGACACCCUGCCCCUACCGCGGGCAUCACCCUGUGGCCUUCCAGAGCCCAGCCCCGCCCAGGCUUCCAGGUUUCAGUCCAGAGAGGUGAGGCGAGGUCUCCCAGCCCCCUUGGGGUUCGAGGCACUAGAACUGAGGUGGGGGGGGCUCCCUGUCCCUCGUCUGUUGGGACUUGAAAGGCUGACCUCUGGGAGUCGGCCCUUCUCUCUCAUCCGCUCUCUGUCCUGUCUCGUGCUUGGUUUGUGAUGGUCCGUGCGGCCGUCCACACAUGGUUUUGUGACUCAUGUCACUCACUCAGAGCAUCUUGUAAAUCCUAGGGCUUCCUGGAAGACAGUUGCCAAUUUCAUACAAGUAUCAGCUAUCAUUCCUAGGGUGCAGGAGUUGUAGAGUUCUGCGUCUUACAAAACCCACCUGGCAUUUUUUACUGCUGUCCUGAAAGUACUCAUAACAAUACUUAUCCUCGCAUAAUAGGACCUUCAAGUUGCAAGUUAAUGGCCCUUCAAGGACAAAUCUAAGCUUCUUAUUUCUGUAGCACAAGGCAAGUAAAUUUCCCUUUUUUAGACGAGAGAGAUGCCUUUCUGAAUAGAUUGGGUCCACAGAACUUAACUGGGGGAACAUUUCCUGUCCUGGACGGCUCUGCAGCCCUGAGAGCCUCGGGGGCUG